CCACCCUGGGCCUGGAGCGGACUCGCGGCUGCAGCUGUUCACGGACGGGCAGCCGGGCGCUCGGCCGCCGCGUCUAGGGCUGAGCGCCGCGACGCGGCUGCUUGUCCCGAAAUCCUCCCGGAUCUUUAGGCGUAUGGAACCUCAAGGUCUUUGAGACAAUGGAAACCAAAAAAUUGAUUGGUAAACCACUUCAACCAGCAAGACCUGUUCGUCAUCUGACUUCUCCUCCUGGAACAGUAUUCCCUUUCAACUUCCAAAACGAAUAUCCAUGCAACACCCAGUACUUACAAAGUGGAGUUAGCAGAUGUAAGACGAGUGGAAUGCAAGCCUUUUCUCAAGGUCUUAAUGAACAACAACAUCAGUCUCCAGUUAAAAAAGAGAGAAUCAAAUACAGCAGAGAUUUUCUGUUGAAGCUCUCAAGUGUUUCCAUCUGCAGAAAAAAACCAGACUUUCUGCCUGAUCAUCCCAUUGUACUUCAAAAACCAGAAAACAACCAAAGCUUUAAGUAGCAUUUUGAGAAUGUAUGUAUUUCAAGAUAAAGAAUUACUAAUUUUAUAUUUUGGACACCUGCAAAUGAAGUGGAUCUAGUAACAAUAACUGUAACAGACUGUAACAAUUCAAUUUAUUUUUAAUUUUGAUGGUUGGAUAUUUGGUUUCUCCUAAAAUGAGAAAGAGAUACUUUAAACAAUAAAGAAUUUUCUAAUCAGUUUCAGCUUUGCAGGCAGUUUCUUGCAUAAAUUGGGAAGUAACACUGGAAAGUAGGAAUUUGGUUAGUGAAAUGGGAAGACUGUAUUUAUAAUUUGCAUGCUACUUGCAAUUUUUGUUUUUCAUCACUUGUAAUAAUGGAAUGAAAAUGUAAGCUGUAAGGAUUCUCAAAUAUAAAGUAUAUGCUAUGAUGUAUAUAUGAUACAUAAUUUCUUGUUGCUUUUAAAAUUGCUUUUGUUUUGUUUCCCACUGAUUUCAUACCAGCACUUGAAAGGAUCAUUACAAUCUCUCUAGAGGUUUAGAAUGAUUCAGGAUGUUCAAUGAAUAGUUCUCAGUGAUAGGAGGGAUAAUAUUUUAAGAAGUAUUUCUUUUCAAAUAUAUGAUUGUUCUGUAGGUUUGUGAUAAUAACAACAUUGUCUAAUAUUCUUUUAUUUCCAAAAGAGGAAUAAUUGAGGCAUUUGCAAAUAAUUGAGGUGCAUUAAGUUUCAGUGCUGUAAUUUCUUAUAACAAGUGUAUGGAUGAAGAAUUUGGAGGUUUAAACUUUUAGCUCCUAGAAAUUCUAUACACUAAAUCUCCUGCAAUUUGUCACUCUUGUUAAAAAGAAAAGUUUGUUCCAGCACAGUGUCACAAAGAAUUGCUCAUAUAAAGGUAAGUGUAAACUCUCCCUAGUUCUAUCCUCAGAUUCUUUCAGAUCCCUGGGUCUAUUGGCAAGGCAUUCAAGGACAUCAUUUGGCAGAAAGUUUAUCUUAAACUGAAUUCUGAACUCCUAAAACAAGUACCUUUUUCUUCACUGGUCUUUAGACUUGUUACCCAGAUUCAAACUUUAGUCCAUGGCAGAUUUCCCAACUUGGUCUUUAGUAUACUACUUUUAAUUGCUUUGUUCACCAGAAAAAGAUUGCUUUUCAAGUAGGAAAAAAAAAAGAACCUUCACUAGCCAUAAAUUUAUUGGUUACUUAAAAAUGAGUUUACACCUACGGCCCAGUUUUUUACACUCAUUUUUGCCCUACUAUUUCCCUUUAUAUUAUAGCUUCUAGUAUUUAUAUGUGUAUGAUUACACACACAUACACAAAAAUACAUGUAAUUUAUAUAAGAGCUGGGGUCAUCUCAAUAAAAAAGUAAUUUAAAAAGAGCUGGGGUCAGAAUUACCAUAUAAUUAAAUUGGUUUGCUUUAUUAUUUGCCUAUUAUCCAAGUCUGUUGACUUUAGUUAAAAAAAAUAUGAUCGAACCUAUUCCAAUUUGGAAUCCAAAGAGCCCUUCCAUUUAGCACUGUUACUGAGGGCAGACCCCAUUUAAAGUCAUACUACCAUCCUAACUUUGGAAAGUGCCUAGUAUCCAAAAGACUUGAUGUACUUUCUGAAUCUGAUACAGAAAUGGACUGGCCAGAACAAUAUAUUGAUUAGCUAUAAUUUCUAUUUUUGAAAUCAUUUAUAACCAGCGUUUUCAAGAAGAGUUUGUAUAGUAGAAGUCCCCGAGGUUUCAAAGUCUUUUGAUCCUUUCUUACUGUAUAUAAUCAGAGUGAGACUGCAAAGACUGUUUUAUUAUCUAUUUGCCUUUGUACAUAUGUAUAGCUUAUUUGAAUAAUCAUUGUACAUCUCCAUUCAUGUUGUUCUUUGCUUUGUAUAUAAAUUAAAAGAGUUGAGCCA